AGCUAUUGGCCGGCGCAGCUGUCAUUCAUGGCCAGACCCCGCCUCUCUCGCGCUUCGGUUUCCUGCCGGUGGUUAUAGCGAGAAGCGGCGUAGUGCUCCUGAAGCGGGACGGUGACACGAUGGGGACGCGGGACGACGAGUAUGAUUAUCUAUUCAAAGUGGUGCUGAUUGGAGACUCCGGCGUGGGGAAGAGCAACCUACUGUCCCGCUUCACGCGCAACGAGUUCAACCUGGAGAGCAAGAGCACCAUCGGGGUGGAGUUCGCCACGCGCAGCAUCCAGGUGGACGGCAAGACAAUAAAGGCUCAGAUCUGGGACACGGCCGGACAGGAGCGUUAUAGGGCCAUCACUUCGGCGUACUACCGGGGUGCGGUGGGGGCCCUGCUGGUGUACGACAUCGCCAAGCACCUGACCUAUGAAAACGUGGAACGCUGGCUGAAGGAGCUGCGCGACCAUGCAGAUAACAACAUUGUCAUCAUGCUGGUGGGCAACAAAAGCGACCUGCGGCACCUACGGGCCGUGCCCACCGACGAGGCACGGGCUUUUGCAGAGAAGAAUAAUCUGUCGUUCAUCGAGACCUCAGCUUUGGACUCCACUAAUGUUGAAGAAGCCUUCAAGAACAUCCUCACAGAGAUCUACCGCAUCGUUUCACAGAAGCAGAUCGCUGACCGGUCAGCGCACGACGAGUCUCCGGGCAACAACGUAGUGGACAUCAGCGUGCCCCCUACCACUGAUGGCCAAAGGGGCAGCAAGCUGCAGUGCUGCCAGAAUCUGUGACCCACGUCCUUGUCCAGGACCCAUUGCCACAGCCCUCGUACCCAUCUCUCCCUGCUGUUUCCACACACUAGAUAUCUGUGCUUUGCUCCCAAGUGUUGUGCUGCUAUAUCUCAUGUCAUUCUUAGACCAUUUUUCUUAUCGUGGCUGUAGUUUUAUGGCCAGUUUCUUUUGGUCGUUCUUUUUUGUAUGAUUCUUCCCCUCUUAAACCUUAAUUUCUUUACCUCAAAAUUUUACAAGUGGCACUGGGAAAACGGGCACAGAUUUGACAUGCUCCAGGUGACCUUCUGGUGAGGGGUUGUCAUGUGCGCUGCCAGGCACUCCAUCACAUCCUCCGGGCCCUGGGACCUGGAUAGAGAGUGAAAUGAGUGAGGCUUCUUUAGUAGUAUUUAAUUUCUGGAUGAUUCUGAGAAGAAAAGGCUGCUGAAUGAAUCACUGUCUUGUCCUGAUACAUAGAAAUGCCAAGGAGGCUUCAUUCAUCUACGGUCUUUAAUUCUCAUCCACACACUGAGCUUUCAAACAAAACAUUUGUCAAGUUUGUGACUUUUUCCAAAACUAAUAAUGCAUUCUUAAAAAAAAAAAAAAAACGAAAAAGGAACAUGCCUUUUUCUCUCUGCAAAUUGUUCUGCAGUUUUGCAGAAUGUGUGGGUUGUGUCCUGCCAGUCAAUUUCUUUCAAAUAAAGUUAAUUUCAAUACAUGAGUUAUUUAAAAAUGCAUUUUAAUAUUUUAAUGUGACCGUGAGUUAUGUGCAUGUUAUGUCCACCUGUAUCCUCCUCCAACUCUUACUUGACAACACACUGAGAGACCUACAUGUCAUCAAAAGCUUUUUUUUCCCCAAAAUUUCUUUAGAUAUUCCUUAGUUUUAUGUUUUAUUUGCUAAGUUAUCGGUUGCUAUAUGGUUGCCUUUGUUCUUUUGCAUGCCAUUAAUCCAUUGUGGAAUAUAUUAGGCAAGCUAGCGGUUUCAGAACAUGUGGCUGGUAACUUAUUUGAGGGGAAAUGGAUGUGCAGUCUGCUUCUAAAUAGGUUUAGAUGUGUUCUUAAUCAGUGCAAAACCACAACAUGCUUUUCUGUUAAUAGCAAAGCUGUGCCUAUAUGCAAAAAUUACUACUGGGGUAAUGAAAGGACAGCUAGGUGAUUGUUAUGGCGUAGAACAAGAAUAGAGAAGUACAUUCACUGUAUGCUGAUAGGCGGUUCAUUGGCAUUUACCUUGAACAUCCUUGAAUGUGAACAUUCAGUUUCGUUGCCUUACAUUUUAGCAACUUUAUUCUAGUUAUCCUGUAUCCAGAGAAAAUCUGCUUACAGAAUUUAUCCAAAUUUUCACAUGCUACAGAAUCUGUUCAAUUGAGAUCAUAGAAGACAAUUUACAUCCUGUAUUUUAAGAAUGUAUUUUUAAGUUUUACCCAAGGAAGCUUUAUUUCCAUUUAAAAGACUUGCUUCUAUUUCUGCUCAUUCAGUAUGUUUUCUCUAUUUUAAGUGCAAUCCACUCUGUAAAUACAUUACGUCAUUUGUGCAUGGUAAAAUGUAUGGCGGAAAAAUACAUUGCCAAAAAUCA